AAUAGAAGAGAAUGUUCUAGUAAUCUCUAGAUAUCUCCGGGAGCAAUGAAAACUGUGUUCUAGCUCCAUCUUACACACUUAUUACAAGAUACUAGAAUGGGAAGAAUAGAAGAGGUGUUGAGUCCGCAAGAGUCCUUGAAUUCUGCAAACAAGCUCAAGGAUGCAGGCAACGAAGCAUUCAAGAAAGAGCAAUAUGAUGAUGCUCUGGAAUGCUAUACUAAGGCAAUAGAAACUGUGAUUGAUGAUAUUGUUGAGAAGGCAGUGUUCUAUAAGAACAGAGCAGCUGUCUACCUGAAGCUUGAAGAAUAUGAGUAUGCCAAGCUUGAUUGUGAUUUGGCCUUGGAACUAUCCCCAAAUGAUCCCAAGGCACUUUUUAGAAGAUGUCAAGCUUAUGAGGCUAUGGACAAGAUUGAUUUGGCAUAUGCUGAUGCCAAGCUAGUUCAUAAUCUUGAUCCUAAGAACAAAGCAAUUGAGCCAGUGCUGAUCAGGUUGCACAAGGCUGUUCAGGCUAAGUUGGCAGAGAUGGCUAAGACCAGUAACAAGGUCAAGAACAUGUUUGAUAUUGUCUUCAAUUUAGAAGCAGACAGCGAAAAACGAGAGAAGGCUGCUGAUAAUCUGAUUGUACUGGCAAGGGAACGAGCUGGUGCAGAACUUCUUUAUAAGGAUGGAGUUGUUACCAAAAUUGCCAGGCUUCUGAAGGUGGAAAAGGACAGAAAAAUUAGGCUGUCCUGUGUAAGAGUCUUUGGAGAGCUAGCCAAAAAAGAUAUUGAUAGAGCAAAGGCCAUCAUGGUAGAAGCAGGAGUUCCAUUCUUUAUGGAUACUCUAAACUCCAAGGAUGAAGAAAUGGUGAAUGCUGCAUCAUAUGCAAUACAGUGUUUGCUAGAUUCCAUCUCAAGGUUUGAUUUAGUUAAGCAAUGGAAUGAGAAGAAAAAGGACCAAAGCAAGAUGAAAAAUGAUGAACGGAAACAGAUGAGGAAGGAUGAAGAAAUGAGACAAGAGAUUAUGAAACAAAAUGCCAAGGAAUUAAAUGCUAUGAUGCAUGUUGUCACCUACAACACUGUAUCAAGAACAAUGACUGGAAAAGGUAGGGACGCUCUGUUAAAUCUAAUAAUGACUAAUUGUCCUUGGGACAGGAUGGGUUGGGCAGAAAAGAUGCUGAAGACUGAUGCUUACACAAGGCUUAUGGAGGUUGCAAGUGAACUUGAUCACUACAAGCAUGAAUCUGCCAUGGAAAUCACUAACUCUACUAACACCAUUGUUGGAAUUUGUUUUGGGCAUCUCUAUGAACAAAUGUGGGAUGACGAGAGAAGAAACUUACUUAUUGAAAAGAUUGAUGAAUUCUCCAAGCAAAAGCUGAUGGAUCCAAGUCUGGAGAGCAAGGUUAGGAUAUCCACUGCUAUUACAACACUUUUAAAGCAUGCUCCAGAUCUAGGAAACUCUCAACUAACUAAAGAAGGAUUUCUUCAAAUGCUAUUAGCCAUGGCUCAGUCUGAGGAGUAUAUAGAACAGCUAGUUGCUAGUGAAGCUUUGAUUGCUGCCACUGCUAAGAAGAAGGAUGCUACUGCUAUUAUUAACCAAGGAAUGGAAAUCCUGAAAACUCUGUACAAAUCCAAGAAUGAUCAUAUCAAGGUAAGAGCUCUUGUUGGUAUGUGCAAGCUUGGAUCCAGUGGAGGCCAUGAUGCUAGUAUCCGACCUCUAGCAGAGGGUUCAAGUGAGAAACUGGCUGAGGCUUGCAGAAGGUUUCUUGUAAAUCCAUCAAAGGACAGAGAUCUGAGGAAAUGGGCAGCUGAAGGAUUAGCAUUUCUAACCUUAGAUGCAGAUGUCAAGGAAAAACUAGUUGAUGAUGAACCUGCAGUCAAGGCUUUAAUUGAGCUUGGCAAAACUGGAAGCCAGGAUGUAAUGUAUGGAGUCAUUACUGUGCUAGUUAAUCUUACAAACAGUUAUGACAAGCAGGAAAUCACUGAAGAAAUGCUCCAGCUGGCCAAGUUUGCCAAACAUCAUGUUCCCACAGAACAUGAGCUUGAUGAUCAGGACUUUGUAGACAAGCGUAUUUACACUCUUUGCACAUAUGGAGCUACAUCUGCCCUUGUUGCACUCUCCAAAACUGAAUCUAAAAACAUGAAAGAGCUGAUUGCAAGAGUGAUCAAUGCCUUCUGUAAGCACCACGAACUUAGAGGGUUAGUUGUUCAACAAGGAGGAAGCAAGGCACUGGUUCCCAUUGCCUUAAACUGCACAGAGAAAGGUCAAAGAGAAGCAGCACAAGCACUUGCUAGAAUUGGCAUCACUCAAGACCCUACCAUUGCAUUCCCUGGUCAAAGAAGCUGUGAUGUUGUUAGGCCUAUUUCUAAACUUCUAAAAGAAGAUGUGUCGGCUAUGCAAAACUUUGAAGCAUUAAUGGCCUUAGGAAACCUUGCUACCGUCAAUGAAGCAGUGAGGGGUAGAAUGAUGAAAGAGACAGAUGUUAUUAUGGCAAUUGAAGGAUACAUGUAUGAGGAACAUCAAAUGCUGAGAAGAGCAGCUGUUCAGUGUUAUCUAAACCUGUGCCAAUCUCCAGUCCAAGUAAAGCGCUGUGAAGGAAACAAUGACCGUGUAAAAUAUCUUGUUUUGCUGUGCGGGGAUGGAGAUGACAUGGAAGUUGUAAAGGCAGCUGCUGGCUCAUUAGCUAUGCUUUCUUCACAGUCAAGCAAAGUUUGUUCCAAGGUUUUUGAAUCUAAGCAGUGGGAAGAGUGUUUCCUUAACCUUCUUGCCAACACUGAUUAUGAGAUAACAUACAGGGGAGUUGUUAUAGUUGAUAACAUGGUUCUGGCGGGUAAAGAAGUUGCAGAACCUCUACUUGAUGGCAAAAUUAUGAAUGUUCUUCAAGCUCUCAUCAUGAAGGCCAAACUUGAUGAAGGAAACUAUGAGAAGAAUCCACUUUUGCAGAAAAUACGGUCGGUUUGCGAACAUGCAUUAAACACCGCGUACGAGAUGAAGGUUAUCAAGACCUAUGUUGAUGCAGUGAAGGAGGAUGAAGAUGACGAAACUCUUGAACCCUGGAGUCAUCAUCCAGCUCCUCCCCCAGCUGUAAAAUAAUACUUAUUAUUUUCUUUUGCUUAAUAUUUAUACUUCUUUAAUAUCUUUCAUAUAAUAAAUAUAAAUAAAAAUGGUA